GUGAAGCUGCCCCCGCAGAAGGAGGUGAUCACGGCCGAGGAGCUGAUGGCACAUUUGGGGGAUUGCAUCUUGUCCACUCAACCCCGGGAGCCAUCGGAGGGGCUUCAGCUCAACUUCCAGCAGAACAUCAAUGACACCAUGACAGUGCUCCCCAAGCUCUCGACGGGGCUGGAUGUCAACGUGAGGUUCACGGGUGUCUCGGACUUUGAGUACACACCCGAGUGCAUCGUCUUUGACCUCCUCAACGUCCCACUCUACCAUGGCUGGCUGGUGGAUCCCCAGAGCCCAGAGGUGGUGAAAGCUGUGGGCAAGCUGAGCUACAACCAGCUGGUGGAGAAGAUCAUCACCUGCAAACAGGCCAGCAACUCCAGCCUGGUGAGCGAAGGGCUGGUGGCGGAGCAGUUCCUGGAGUCCACAGCCUCCCAGUUGACCUACCACGGGCUGUGUGAGCUGAUGGCCACCGUCCGGGAGGAUGAGCUCAGCGUCUUCUUCCGCAACAACCACUUCAGCACCAUGAUAAAGCACAAGGGCCACCUUUACCUGCUGGUGACAGACCAGGGCUUCCUCCAGGAGGAGCGGGUGGUCUGGGAGAGUCUCCACACCGUGGAUGGAGACAGCUGCUUCUGCGACACCGAUUUUCAUCUCAGCCACGCUCUGGGCAAGGAGGGGGCCACCGCGGCCCCCCCAGACCACUGGCUCCAGCAGAGACAAGUGGACCAGCAGCAGCAGGGACAGGACCCCUUGGCACUCAGUGACCUGGAGCUCGCGCGCCAGCUGCAGCAGGAGGAGUAUCAGCAGCAUCAUCAUCCUCAUCCUCCUCAUCCUCCUCCUCUACAGCAGCGCCAGCAGCAGGUCCCAGCACAG